UCCUCUCCUUGGGAAAUAUUGGGGGAUAUGGGUUUCCUUGAGACUCUUAUACGAAUCACUUGCCUUAGUGUGAUUUUAUCUGAAUUUGCAGUCGCAGUUGUAGGAUUUACUUAUCCUAUAGCGCGGCCAAACUGCUCUGACAGGUGUGGAGAUAUGAAAAUUCCAUAUCCAUUUGGCCUAAGAGAAGGUUGUUACCUAGAUCAUAAUUUUUUCGUCAAUUGUACCAACUCCUCCGAACCAUUCAUCCCUGAAGACAUAAUUGUUAAAAACAUUUCCCUUCAUGGCCAGAUUGACACCCUGAUGUAUAUAGCCCAUGAUUGUUAUAAAAAGGGUGCGAUGGUUGCCUCGAACAAUCCGUGGCUCAACUCGCCCCUCAAUUUCACCGUCUCUAGCACCCAAAACAAGUUUGUGGUUGUUGGUUGCGACACUCAUGCAUACCUUCUCGGUUACCAGCAAAAUGAAAGAUACGCCACCGGCUGCGCGUCCGUAUGUGAAAGCACUAGGUUCAUGGUCAAUGGGUCUUGCACUGGUGUUGGGUGUUGCGAGGUAGACAUACCCAUAGGGUUUAAAAACGUUACUAUGGAAUCCCAUAGUUUUCAGAAUCAUACAAUGGUAGAAAAUUUCAAUCCUUGUGGGUAUGCGUUUAUCAGCAAACAAGACACGUUCAAUUUCUCCAUUGAUUCCCUUCGCACUCUACGGGACCAACAAAUGAUGCCAAUGGUUCUUGAUUGGGCCAUCGGUAAUGAGACAUGUAAUGAUAUAGAGAACAAAUCGAAUUACAUAUGUGGAGAUAAUAGCUCAUGUCAAAAUUCCGAAGAUAGGUCUGGGUAUCGUUGCAAGUGCAAGGACGGUUACGAUGGGAACCCAUACCUCCCUACUGGUUGCCAAGACAUUGACGAAUGUAAAAACCCCAAUAACUGUAACCACCUGGGACAAGAGUGUAUUAACAAACCAAGAAAAUUUACGUGUGUUUGUAUCAAGGGGUACCAUUUGGACCAAAGUGCAGGAGUCUGUGUUGCCAAUCAAUCAUCACUACAAGUUAAACUUUUGGUUGGUGUUGGCAUAAGCUUCAUAGUUAUGCUUGUCUGUAGCUCUUGGCUGUACUUGAUGGUUAAGCAAAGAAAGUUAAUCAAGCUUAGACAAAGGUUCUUUGAACAAAAUGGGGGUUUAAUUUUACAACAAAAACUCUCCAAAGCAGAAAAUUCAACUGCAACAGCCAAAAUCUUCACUACAGAAGAAUUGAAAAAGGCUACCAACAAUUAUGAUGAAACUUUAAUUAUUGGCCGAGGAGGGUUUGGUACAGUUUAUAAGGGACUUUUGCCAGAUAAUAGGAUUGUGGCCAUCAAGAAGUCCAAAACAGUCAAUGAAAGACAAAUUGAGCAAUUCAUUAAUGAGGUAGUUGUACUUUCCCAAAUUAAUCAUAGGAAUGUAGUUAAACUAUUAGGUUGUUGUUUGGAGACACAAAUUCCUUUACUAGUCUACGAAUUCAUACCCAAUGGUACUCUUUUUGAGUACAUUCAUCACAAAAACAAGGCAUCCACUGUAUCAUGGGAAAUUCGUCUUAGGAUAGCUGCAGAAACUGCAGAAGCAUUAUCAUAUUUGCACUUUGCAGCUUCUCCACCAAUAAUCCAUAGAGAUGUUAAGUCUUCAAACAUAUUGUUGGAUAGUACUCACACAGCAAAGGUAUCAGAUUUUGGAGCUUCAAGAUUAGUUCCACUAGACCAAACACAAUUAGCUACAAUGAUGCAAGGAACUUUGGGAUACUUGGAUCCUGAAUACAUGCAAACAAGUCAAUUGACAGAGAAAAGUGAUGUUUAUAGCUUUGGAGUGGUCCUCGUAGAGUUAUUAAUGGGAGAAAAGGCUCUUUCAUUUGAUAAGCCAGAGGAGGAAAGAAGUCUAGCUAUACGUUUUCUAUCUUUUUUGAAUGAUAAUAGAUUGUUUGAAAUUCUUGAAAAACAUAUAGCGAAAGAAGGAAAGGCUGAGCAAUUAAAGGAAGUGGCAAAUCUUGCAAAGAGGUGCUUACAAUUGAAAGGGCAAGAUCGGCCUACUAUGAAGGAGGUAGCAACCGAAUUGGAGGGUUUAAGAAAGAUGGAGAUGCAUUCAUGGGUCAAUGUUGAUUCCAACUCAAAAGAAACCGAAUUCUUACUCGGGGAGACAUCAGAUUCUUACAAAUAUAAUGUUAGUAAUAAAAGUACUAAUGUGUACGAUAGUGUGAGAGACCAUUUAAUAUUUGACUUAGAUGAUGGGAGAUGA